GCUUCACCACUUCCCACGUGUCACAAUCUUAUUUGAGGACCUAUACCGUUGCCGUCACCAAGCAACGCAUCGUUUUGCUAUAUAAACGAAGCCCCUCACCACCAUCUUCCCCCAACCAACGUUAGAAACAAACGCUUACUGCACCUUUACAAGAUGCAAAUCUUCGUUAAGACUCUCACCGGUAAGACCAUCACCCUUGAGGUGGAGAGCUCUGACACCAUUGACAAUGUUAAGGCUAAGAUUCAAGACAAAGAAGGCAUCCCACCAGACCAGCAAAGGCUUAUUUUUGCUGGGAAACAGCUCGAGGAUGGCAGAACCCUAGCUGAUUACAACAUCCAAAAGGAGUCCACCCUUCACUUGGUUCUCCGUCUUCGUGGUGGAAUGCAAAUAUUUGUUAAGACUCUCACUGGAAAGACCAUCACCCUUGAAGUUGAGAGCUCAGACACCAUAGAUAAUGUCAAGGCUAAGAUUCAAGACAAAGAGGGUAUCCCACCAGACCAACAGAGGCUCAUUUUUGCUGGGAAACAGCUUGAGGAUGGACGCACACUUGCAGACUACAACAUUCAGAAGGAGUCCACCCUUCACCUUGUCCUUCGUUUGAGGGGUGGCAUGCAGAUCUUUGUCAAGACUUUGACUGGAAAGACUAUUACCUUGGAGGUUGAAAGUUCAGACACUAUUGACAAUGUCAAAGCAAAAAUCCAAGACAAGGAGGGAAUUCCACCAGACCAACAAAGGUUGAUCUUUGCUGGGAAGCAAUUGGAGGAUGGAAGGACUCUUGCUGAUUACAACAUUCAGAAAGAGUCUACUCUUCACCUUGUCUUGCGUCUUCGUGGUGGAUUUUAAGUUUAAUAAUGUUUUGUAGGUCUCUUCUUGUGUCUAGUAUGUGUAUGUCCAGCAUCGCUUUGGGCCUUCAUGUUUCUGAACUUUCGUAAAUGUGUGGGUGUCGGGUCCGUUGUGGCCCUUGAAAAACUAUCGUUGACCGUGAUCUAUUUUAUAAUUCAGUUAUAGUUCUGUUCAUGAAUAUGGACAAUUUGCUAUCAUGUUCGAUGAAAUUUAGCACUUUCAUUAUGUUCUGUUCUUGCAUCAGCAGAACUCUUGAGUAUUACAUGCUAAGCAAAGUAAAUGGGUACAGUUGUUUCAUUA